AUGUCGGAUGUGGAGGAAAAUCCACCCGAAGAAACAGAAGAAGAUGAAGAAACAGAAAUGGAAGAAGAAGAAAAUUCCAGUUACCAAGAGAGAGAAGAAGAAGAAAAUCCAAAUUACAAAAGGAUAGAAGGAGACAGAAGAGGAGAAAGAGAAUAUAGUUCAAAUUCCCAAAGAAUAGAAGAAGAGGAAGAAGACUAUAAUUUGGGUUACCAAAGAAUGGGAGAAGACUAUAAUGUAAGUUAUAGAGGAAUAGAAGAAUAUAAUCCAAAUUAUCUAAGAAUAGAAGAGGAGGAGGAAGAAGAAGGAGAAGAAUAUAAUCCAAAGUCCCAAAGACUAGAAGAGGAGGAAGGUAGAGAAGAAGAAAAUUCAAAUUACCCAACAGUAGAAGACAAAGACAACUACCCUCUGAAUUACCAAAAGGAAGAAGAUGCCCAACAGGGAUCAGAAGCAGAGGACACUUCGGCAGGGAUGUCAGAGGAACUAGCGGGACAGGCUGUGGGAGAAGAGGGAGAGUUUGCCACGGUGGCCCAAGAAGUCACCCAGACCUUGAAGAGCAUGGAACAACUUCUGUUUCCUGGUGCAAAGCUUCCAAAAAAGCGUGUGUCAGAUUCAGAAGUUUUAUUGGGGAGUUCCGAGUUGGAACGUCUUGAUUUGGAUCAAAGCACUUCUGUGGAAAUCCAGUCCUCCGAGGAGCGCGUGGUGCAGCCUGGGAUGCCCCAGGACAAGGAGAGACCAGAACAGAGGCAGCAAGCGAAGAUAUCGUACAUCUCAGAGCCAAGCGAGGUCUCUGACGUGUCCCUGGUGGCCAGCACCUCCGAAGAGGAUGCUUUGUUUAAAAAGGGCGAUGACAAGAGCAAAGUGUUCCCCUUGACCAUGACCUGGACGUUUGGCUGGAACAGCUCGCUACCCGUGUUCAACCUCCGAGAUGGCAAGCGGCUUGUUCUCCUCUACGUCUGCGGGCACACGGGGGUCAUUUACGAUGUCUCCAGCAACAGGCAGCACCACCUGGAGGGCCACUCCAACGUCAUCUCCUGCCUCUGCGUCAGUGAAGACAGGCGGUGGGUUGCCACGGCCGACACGGGGCCCGACUGCCUGAUCAUGAUAUGGGACUCCUUCACAGGGAUCCCUGUGCACACGAUAUUUGACAGCUGCCCGGACGGCAGUGGCAUCAACGCAAUAGCCAUCAGCUCCGAUGCCAAGUAUCUGGCCACCAUCUCAGACGGCAGAAUCCAGCAGGUCUGCAUCUGGAAGUGGACCUUGGCCGCGGAGACGCCGGCAUGCACGCUGCAGCUCCACAGCGAGUAUGGUUCCCAGAACUAUAUUACUUUUAAUCCAACAAAUGCUAAAGAAUUGGUGAGCAACAGUAAAACUCGAGCCAUCUAUUAUAACUGGCUUGAAGAGAAAAACAAACUUGUUCACAGUGCCCCGCUUCUGACAGAAAAAACAUUCAACAAGCUCGUGGGGAAAUUUAGCCAGUCCGUCUUCCACCUGAAUUCGAGACAGAUCCUCUCAGCGACAAAGGAGGGAAAGCUGGUUGUCUGGGAUGUCCAUCGCCCACGACCAUCGGCCGCCGUCCUGAGCUACCCCUACAUCAGGCCUUGCAAGCUGGUUCAUCUGCAGAAGGAAGGCAUCACUGUGCUCACCACAGUCGACAGCUACAUCGUCACAGGUGACGUCAAGGGCAACAUCAAGUUCUACGACAGCACCCUGUCCAUUGUUAACUGGUACAGCAACUUACAGUUAGGUGCCAUACAAAGCCUGUCCUUUUCCAAGACCCCACCACCGUCUUCCACCGAAAAGUCAAACUACCCUCCAGACUGCACUUUGAAAGGCGACUUUUUCAUCGUAAGGAAUUUCCUCAUCGGGACGUCUGAUGCCACAGUGUAUCACCUAACCACUGACGGGACCAAACUGCAGAAGUUGUUCGUGGAGCCCAAGGAUGCCAUCUGUGCCAUCGCCUGCCACCCGUACCAGCCCCUCCUGGCCGUCGGGAGCUUCUGUGGGAUGAUCAAGGUGUGGGACUACAGGAAGAAGAUCUACCUUUUCAGCAGGUGCUUUGAGAAGGGCCUCGGCAUCAAGAGUCUGACCUACAACCCAGAAGGAGCCAUUCUGGGCGCUGGCUUCGUUGAAGGGACCGUUUACAUCCUCGACGCCAUGUCCCUCCAGAACGAAACUGCAAAGCCCUUCAGAUAUUCCCGGAGCAGCGUGACACACAUCAGCUUCUCCCAUGAUUCCCAGUACAUGGCCACUGCGGACCUCAGCUGCACGGUCGUCCUGUUCCACGUGGUGGUCAGACACGGGAAGAGGGUCUGGGAAUACCUGGCCAGGCUGUGUUCCCAUCGCAAGAGCAUCCAGAGCCUCCUGUUUGGGGUGUACCUGGACAGCAACGAGCCCCGCCUGCUGAGCCUCGGCCAAGACCGCCUCCUGAUUGAGUACAACCUCUCAAAGACCACCAAGGACCACCUGGACGUGCUGGACAUCCACCGGACUGACCAGGGCGGCCACCCCACCUGCAUGGUCUGGUACCCGCCCCUCACCAAGGAGCUCUUCCUGCUCAUCUGCAACAGCGACUACAAGGUGAAGCUGUUUAAUUCCACCACGAAGAUGUGCAGAAAGACUCUCCUUGGGCCGACCUACGGCUCGCCCAUUGAACAGGUCCAGCUCCUUCCUGUGAAGACCAGCUCCGACCUCCAGAAACGCUACCUGGCAUUCAUUAACAGAGACAAGGUAGGACUCCAGAUCCUGCCGGUGGAUGGCAACCCCCAUAAGACGUGCGCCAUCAUCUGCCACCCAAAUGGGGUAUCCAGUUUGACCCUGUCCUUCGACGGCUGCUACGCCUUCACGGCUGGAGGAAAGGACCGUUCUGUCUCCCAGUGGGAGAUUAAUUUAAGUGCCUUGGACGCUGCCGUCUCGCUGGGGGGUGAUGACCUGACUCCGUUCUACAGCCUGGUGACUGGUGGCCGGGAAGGACAGUUCUACAGGGAGCUGGAGGACUACUUUUACUACUCCCACCUGCGUAGCCAGGGCAUCGACACCAUGGAGCCCCGGGAGGUGUCCGAGCACAUCCGCCUGCCCGAGCUGCCCUUUGUCAUGAGGGCCAUCGGCUUCUACCCCUCGGAGGAGGCGAUUGACAACAUGUUUAAUGAAAUCAGGUUUGGAGAAUAUGUGGACACCGGGCAGCUAGUGGACAAAAUAAAUUUACCAGAUUUCCUCAAGGUUUACAUCAACCACCGCCCCCCUUUUGGGACCACCAUGAGCGAAAUCCAGCACAGCUUUGACGUCCUGGGCUACACCAACCCGGAAGGGAAGAAGGCCAUUCGCCGAGAGGACUUUCUGAGGUUGCUCCAAACCAAAGGUGAGCACAUGACGCAGGAGGAGAUGGUGGACUGCUUCUCCUCGCUCUACGGCGUGAACCCGGAAGGCUGGAAGUCGGAGCCCGCAACCUCCUCCUUCAGAGGCCCAGAAUUUUCCCUUGAAGAGGAACUCCCGGAGGAAAUCACAGCGGAAAUAUUCGCCACUGAAAUUCUUGGCUUGACCAUUUCAGAAGAACCCAAUGCAGAUCAGACGGCCAGUGAAGAGUAA